AACAUGAAGAAAAAACAUGAUGACAUUGUUUACGAAACUAAAGAAAUUCUCGAUCCAUCUCCCAAAGUAACAAAUUGUUGCAAAUCACUGCGGGUAAAAUACAGUUUUCAGACAGCAUACAUGAUCCGACUUGUCAGCUCCCAGCCAGUUCCAGCCAUGUCAAGGAACCCAGAUCAUAAGCUACCUUCUCAGCCCAAGGAGCAUAGCAUUGGUCAGAAGCAUCACCAGGAGGAAAUAAUUCACAAGUUGGCCAUGCAGCUGAGACACAUUGGGGACAGCAUUGAUCAUAGGAUGGUUCGAGAGGAUCUUCAACAGGAUGGAAGAGAUGCACUAGAUCAUUUUGUCUUCUUUUUCUUUAGAAGAGUUCAGGUGUUGCUGCAUUUUUUCUGGAACAACCAUUUGCUGUAAAAGGAAUAUAAAGGUCAAGUUCCGUUUUCUUUCUACCGUCUGAGAAGCAUGAAUCCCACUGGGACAGAUGGGAAGAACACCCUUCUCCAUCUCCCUCUCUUUGUACCCAUCACUGUUGGGCUACACCUGGUUUGUUGAAGAACUGCGGGCACAGGAGCCAUUUGUCCUUCAGAGGAGCUAGCUGUGAGAUGUCUGUGAUCACGUCAUGGCGAAAACCCAGGGAGUAAUUAGGAGCCCAGGAAGCCUUGCUGUCCAGAAAAUGCCAGUGCCAUGGAUGGCCCCAGGGCUCCUUGUGAGGAAACCUUGAGCAUUUCCUUCCAGGAAUGAAACAGAACCUCGUCCUCAAACUAAAGGUCACAGAAAUGGACACUUGCUCCUGGGCCACUCCCUGGGCACCAUGCCCUCUGCUGACCUGUUGGCUCCACUCUUGUUACUCAUGUCCAGAUCUGCAGUGCCAGCUUCUCCUUCUCAGUGACAUGUCACCUCCCUGCCCCAAUCCUGGCUCCCACCCUCUCUGGAAAAUCGAAAGGAAACGUUUGUCUCUAAUACUCAAAUCCAACAAAUGGCUCAUCCAUCUACCUUCCCAUUUCCGUGCCUAGAGGCCCCACUACCACCACCAGCAGCGUCGGUGUUUCCAAAUCCUUCUCAGGCUCUGAUUCUACAACAUUUACGUUCUUUCCUCACCUUUGAUCCUCUCACUCCUCUGUGACCCCCUUCAAGUCUUCCUCAACCACUCCGGUGUUUCCCAACCACUGGGCCCUGCCGGAAGAUGUCUUUCCCUGCUCUGCCAUCCUCUUUCAUGCUUGCCUGCUUAAAAUCAGGAGUGCUUAGCCCUUGGCCAAGUCCUGCCUUCUAGAAGAGUGCAAGAUCUGAAAGGGUUAUGAAUCCAUCACAAGGUAAAAACUUCUCUUUUGCUAUUGCUGGAUGGAUUUGCUGUUAUUGGUUGGUGGGCCCUAUGCCUGUUGAAUGUAUUUCACUCAUUCUCUCCUCACUCUCUUAUGCAGUUCUUUCACCUUCAUUCUUCUCCUUCUACCUUUUUGUCUACCUCAUAUUCCCUCCCUCCUCUCCUUGAAAAGAAGUAUAAAUAUUAAGAAAGUUUGUUGUUACGUUAAAAGUUUAUGUAUAUAUCUUGAGUUCUUCAUAGGAUAAGUGUUAUUUUUAAAAAUUCUAAAAAUGAAAUAAAUAUUGUUACUUUAUUAAGCAUGAAA